CGCUCCCAUGUUCCACUUGUCCACGGGUGGAUCAGCAUCCAGCUGAUGUGCGUUGCAGCAGGUGAUGGGGCCUGGCCAGCCGUUAUCAGUGACGCAAGAUGCCGAUAACACUCCCCUCCAGUUGCAGAUGCAUUAUGGCGGUCUGGCUGAACGAUGUGACUGCGUCAUGGGACACUGUGCCGGUAUGCCUUCUUUCAUCUGGCCGUAGGACUGAAUAGCUGCAACAAAGAGAGAGAUAACAGCAUUCUUUACUUACCGGUAUAUCUAAGCUGCUUUGUGUUGCUGUCCUGGACCUCUUGACUCAAGAGCUUCUUGUUCAGUGGGUAAGCUAAUAUGUAAGUAGUGAGGACUUCCCCACAUAGGAUCAGCAGCCUACCUGGGAUAGUUGCAUAACCGCAAGGGUGCUUUGAGCCUAGCGAGUGUCGGAAAAGGUGCAUGGGGGCUUGCAGCACCUGGUCAUCGGCCGCCAGUCACGUCCAUCGCCUGCGUCGGUUGCGUCUUGCGUGGUGAGCACUGCCGGGCACAGUGCACUGGUUGCCUGCCCUUCCACGCCUUCUCAUGCGACAGCUGUUUUGACUUUUGCACAACCGUCUCUUACUUUUUCCCUGGGAGGCAGCAGCAAACCUUACCGUAUCUUCGGAAACAUCUCCUCUCCCCGGAAACCAGACCUUUCGAGACACCGGAGUCGUACUGAUUUGAGGAACUAUACUGUCCUGUCUCGAGUCAUCAUCAUUACAUAUCUCUGAGGUGCCCGACAUACUGCUCCCAUCCACACACUAUUAGCCAGCCGCCCUGCCCGAUCCUACCCCCUCUCCUCGCUCUAUUUCCCCUCUGGACCACUCAGCAACUGCCAGUACUCGAUCGAGUGUGUCUGCGAGGAAACAAACGCCCUCUCUGGAGGGUGACGGGAGUUUAUCGACAUGUUCUCUGAAUAUGCCUCUAAAUUCCUUGCGCAGUCGCAGUCGAGGUUCUCCAACUUUGCCGGCCAGCCAGAUAACGCCGACAGGCCAUCACAGCCGUCCGGAUGGCAGAAUAGAGGCGCGCGAUUCGGGGGACGUUCCUAUCUCGGUCGGGGCGGCGGUGGGAACCCGUAUCAAACUAGCAACUCCCGGUUCGGUAGUAUGGCAGCCUUCGGCUCGAGGUACAAUCAGGACGCCCCGUUGUUCCAACCCCCACUAGAUCACGAUGAGGAAGACGAAGAAGAGAGAGAUCGAGAGGCCGCAGACAUUUAUGCUUUGCAACAAUCACGCCGUGUUCUCGCCGCCGGCCGACUCGAAGAAAGCACCGAAACAGAUAAUGAUGGGAGCCGCGCUUCGAUAGAGCAAAGCCAGGAGUAUGAAGGAUCUGGGUCUCUUGGGGAACGUCUCCGAGGCAUCCGGAGUAGCUGGAACGGCCCCAAGAAGUACAAGAGGGCGACCAUGAAAGAGGAGCCACCAACAGAACGGCCGGAGCCGAGGAAGCACAUACGCGAAAUAUCGAGGGAUAGCACGGAUACCAAAGGGAUGGAAGAUGUUGGUCUAGAAUCAACCAUCGCCUACAGCGAACCACCAGCGGACUUGAUGAUGGAGGACAGUACCCCUCCGGCCUUCCAAAAGUUCAGGUCGCCUGGCGGUCCGUCGCGCCCGCUGCUUAGGAGAAAUUCUGGCGAGGAUUCGGAGCUUGGACUGCGACCGCCCAGCUCAGUCGGGACAGAAGUUAAUGCCACUGCGCUGCCGCCAGCAUCGGAUGGAGAAAUGUUUCGACACGACGCCUUCUUUGCCUGGAUCUACCUGAUCGCCCAAGCAUCCCUGUUUGCUACCUUUGUCCUAAUCUUUAUGCAUACAAGUGGUAACAAGGCAUCUGGAGACACUAUCUACACCACGCUAAAGGCAUCUUUCCAUCUGCUGGCUGUCGACACUUUGGUGGCCAUCAUAGUCUCCAUGGUAUGGUUGGCGGCGCUGCGGUCGUUCGUCCGACCGCUUGUUAUCCUGGUGUUGGUGGCGGUGCCAAUAAUCCUCUUAUCGUUUUCGUUGUAUCCGUUCAUUUCAAGUUAUCAGGAGACUGGUGGCAGUUCACGAUUCCAGGAUACAGCCAUGAGAUGGGCAGCGACGGUCCCUGGUAUAUGGGCACUGAUAUGGGUAUACAUGGUUUGGAAAGGCCGCGAGUCUAUUCAGUCUGCUAUGAGCAUUCUUGAUUUCUCGAGCCGCAUCCUGACGGCGAAUUCAGCUCUUAUUUUAGUUGGCAUGGGCUGCCUUACUGCUGUGGUGCUCUGGACGUGGACCUGGCUUUUCAUGUUCACUAGAGUAUUUCUCGGUGGAAGCUUCUCCAGCAAGCUCGCCAGGUUCAUCAUCAGCGCUUCGACUUGGUGGCUGGGGGCGUACUUUAUACUCAUGUACCUCUGGACGCUGUCGAUCAUCUCCGCGGUUCAGCGGAGCACAACAGCGGCGACGGUGUCGCAGUGGUAUUUCCAUCGGAAUGCGGUUCCAGCUCCAUCUAGUAGGGACGUUGUUUCCGCUGCCCUGAGCCAUGCCAUGACCACCAUCUUUGGAACCAUCAGCUUGUCGACGUUGCUAGCUCUUGCGAUCCGCCUACCCCUACUGGUUUUGCCGCGGAGACUGGCUCAUAUCCUGACCAUGUUUGUCUACUCGUUCAUUCCGACCCCGAUCGCGGCGUUGACGAACCCGUUGACCUUGACAUAUGCGGCCAUCCACUCGCAACCGCUGUCGAUUUCGGCCAGGGGUCUGUCAUCGAUGGAAUUCCUGGCACCCCAACGGCCUACCACUACUCUCACACCUGCCGCGUUGCCCAAGCAUAACAGGCAUUCGCCUCUUCUUCCCUACCGGCUUGCGAAGCUGAUCCUUCACGCCACGCGCUUCAUGAUGGCCAUUGCGCUGGGAUUUGCGGGGUGGGUCAUGACUGCGAAGCAACUCGAAAUCGAAAGGCAGGGCAAGGUGGGCAUCCGGGGAAGCGCCUAUGCGUAUGUGGUUGGGUUAAUCGCCAGCUUCAUAGGCUGGGGCAUUUUGGGAGCUAUGGAGGGCAUUCUCAGCGGCAUUGUUGAUGGCGUAGUGGUCUGCUAUGGCAGCGAGAAGAGAAUGUUGACCGGAGCGGGAGGAUACUGCAUGGAGGCGGCGAACCUGUUUGGGGAUAGAAGGGGACAGGGUGACAGAGAGUCUAUCUAUUAG